GUGCAGCUUUGCAUCAUUCACGCCUGGGCCCGCCGUGUCCUGAGUCCUCGAUGUCAUCGCAAUAUCCGCGCCGUCAGACGUGCCCUUCGCGUGCAGAGGUGCGCAAAUUGCAUCACGCAGCCCUUCGCGCAGCGUCCGCGCAUCCCAAUCCGCUGCAUCUCAUGCCUUGCGGCAGAUCAGAGUCGGCUGCGGGGUUGGCGUAUCGUCUGCUGUCUAAUGGGAGGCCGUUUGUCCAACCUUACGUACUCGUCCAGCGCUGGCCUUGGCAGAGGCUUCACAGCGGGCGGCUUGUCGCUGCCUCCUCCCACUGGCAAACCUCAGCGCUGCCAUGCCAGGCAGACCUGGCGCCCUUCUACACAGCUUCGAUGCGUCUUCGCGACGGCACCUUGAUCGUCUCGGUCGGCUCCGUGACCAUUCGCGCGCGGUCAUUCGCCCGGGUGCUCACGUUGCCCAUGCUGGCCCUGACGCUAUCAGCUGCAGCCAGCGCUGGCGGCCUGCAGCUGUGCAGCACCUCGCGAGCCGAAGACGCCCUGGACGCCUUCACCCCGGAGCCCUCGACACAAGCUCUCUCAGUGGCUGUGGCCUCGUAGCUGCUCCGAACUUAGCGGCCGGUAGCAGAUCGUGUGCGCUGCAGCCUCUCAUUCGUGGAGUCUUGGUGGCGUCCAGCCCUCUCCGUCCUGCAGCAGGCCUCUGUCGCCAUCCACCCUGCUCUGCUGCCGGGGGUGCCACCAUUUUUCCACGAUGUAACCCGACGCUACCUCGCCCUGCCCUGCAAUUCGCCGUCACCGUGUGGGGUGUUGUAGGGGUUGCCACAGCCAAAGCCUCGCUGCCGCUGCGAGAACAUGCGGGCACCUGGCCUACUCGCUGCGGGCCACAUCCUUCAUGCACAUCUCUCAAGAUGACCACCUCUUCUCUUAAUAUCCUAGCGUCGAGUAUGCCGCGGCAUUUUGCAUCCUUCAUCUUGGCAGAACCAGAGCCCUGCAAGCUAGGGCCCUGACCUUAUCUGACGGGGACCAAGCUUCCUUUACCCAGACCCGUCGAGCCAAAAUAAUACUUACCCACCGUGACGCGCUUCUUCUAUGCUCCAUUGAGUAUUACCCCUCGUCUUCUUGUCUAUUCUGUUCCUACACCUACUAUACACGAUCCACGUCCUGCAGAUGCAACGUUGUAGAGUACUGUAAUAGC